GGGCGGGGGCUGGGGAAUGGAGUGGAAGCGAUUUCCCCACCCCCGCGCUCCUCUCCUGUCCUCGCAGGCGCUGGGACCCCCGCCAUCCUGUUCCCGAGUCUCCGGGACCCCGCGGUCCUGUUGCCGUGUCGCGGAGUCGCGAUGGCAAAGCGCAGCUCGCUGUCCAUCCGCAUCGUGGAGGGGAAGAACCUGCCCGCCAAGGACAUCACUGGAAGCAGUGACCCCUACUGCAUUGUGAAGGUGGACAGUGAGCCCAUCAUCAGGACGGCCACCGUGUGGAAGACCCUGUGCCCCUUCUGGGGUGAGGAGUACCAAGUGCACUUGCCGCCCACCUUCCACGCUGUGGCCUUCUACGUCAUGGAUGAAGAUGCUCUCAGCCGGGACGAUGUGAUCGGCAAGGUCUGCCUCACGAGGGACACGCUGGCCUCUCUCCCCAAGGGUUUUACCGGCUGGGCCCACCUGACUGAGGUCGAUCCAGAUGAGGAGGUGCAAGGCGAGAUCCAUCUGCGGCUGGAGUUGCUGCCAGGGGCCGGGGCCUGCCGGCUGCGCUGCUCUGUCCUGGAGGCCAGGGACCUAGCCCCGAAGGACCGGAAUGGUGCAUCUGACCCCUUUGUCCGCGUGCGCUACAAUGGCCGGACGCAGGAGACCUCGGUGAUAAAGAAAUCCUGCUAUCCACGCUGGAAUGAGACGUUUGAAUUUGAGCUGGAGGAGGGGUCCACAGAGGCGCUGUGUGUGGAGGCCUGGGACUGGGACCUGGUCAGCCGAAAUGACUUCCUGGGCAAAGUGGUGGUCAACAUCCAGAGAGUGCGUGCAGUCCAGCAGGAGGAGGGCUGGUUCCGGCUGCAGCCCGACCAGUCCAAGAACCAGCGGGCUGAGGGCAACCUGGGCUCCUUGCAGCUGGAGGUUCGGCUGAGGGACGAGACGGUGCUGCCCUCUGGCUGCUACCAGCCCCUUGUGCAGCUGCUGUGCCAGGAGGUGAAGCUGGGCACCCAGGGCCCAGGGCAGCUGAUCCCGGUCAUCGAGGAGACCACCAGCACAGAGUGCCGCCAGGAGGUGGCCACCACCCUGCUCAAGCUCUUCUUGGGGCAGGGGCUGGCCAAGGAGUUUCUGGAUCUGCUCUUUCAGCUGGAGCUGGGUCGCACCAGUGAGGCCAACACCCUGUUCCGGAGCAACUCUCUGGCCUCAAAGUCCAUGGAGUCUUUUCUGAAGGCGGCAGGGAUGCGGUAUCUGCACGGUGUCCUGGGCCCCAUUAUUGACCGGGUGUUUGAGCAGAAGAAGUAUGUGGAGCUGGACCCCAGCAAAGUGGAAGUUAAGGAUGUAGGGUGUUCCGGGCUGCACCGUCAGCAAAGUGAGGCCGAGGUGCUGGAGCAGAGCGCUCAGACACUGCGCGCCCACCUAGGGGCGCUGCUGAGUGCUCUCUGCCGCUCGGUUCGCUCUUGCCCAGCUGUGAUCCGCGCCACCUUCCGGCAGCUGUUCAAGCGUGUGCGCGAGCGCUUCCCGGGUACACAGCAUGAGAACGUGCCAUACAUCGCCGUUACCAGCUUCCUAUGCCUGCGCUUCUUCUCUCCCGCCAUCAUGUCGCCCAAACUCUUCCACCUGCGUGAGCGCCACGCGGAUGCCCGCACCAGCCGCACCCUGCUCCUGCUGGCCAAGCUGGAGUGCGGUGCACCCACAAAGCCUGGUCCUUCCGGCUGUCACCUGCAGGCUGUCCAGAAUGUGGGCAACAUGGACACGCCAGUUUCCAGGGCCAAAGAAUCCUGGAUGGAACCGCUACAGCCUACCGUGCGCCAGGGUGUGGCGCAGCUGAAGGACUUCAUCACCAAGCUCGUGGACCUCGGGGAGAAGGAGGAGCUGGACCUGCAGCGGACUCUGAGCUUGCAGGCGCCCCUGGUGAAGGAGGGGCCGCUCUUCAUCCACAGGACCAAGGGCAGGGGCCCGCUCGCGUCGUCCUCCUUCAAGAAGAUACACUUCUCUCUCACCACUGAGGCCUUCAGUUUUGCCAAGACACCCGGCUCCAAGAAAAGCACCCUCAUCAAGCUGGCCAAUGUCCGCGCAGCGGAAAAGGUGGAGGAGAAGAGCUUCAGCAGCUCGCACGUCAUGCAGGUCAUCUACUCGGACGACGCAGGCCGGCUGCAGACCGUCUACCUACAGUGCAAGUGUGUAAACGAGCUGAACCAGUGGCUGUCUGCACUACGGAAAGUGAGCAUCAACAACGCCGGCCUGCUGGGUUCCUACCACCCUGGUGUCUUUCGUGGGGACAAAUGGAGCUGCUGCCACCAGAAGGACAGGACAGAUCGGGGCUGCGAUAAGACUCGGUCUCGAGUGACCCUGCAGGAAUGGAACGACCCUCUCGACCAGGACCUUGAGGCCCAGCUCAUUUACCGGCACCUGCUGAGUGUGGAGACCGUGCUGCGGGAGAAGCACCGGGAGCUGAAUGGGGACACAGAGAUAGGCACGGUGCCUGCAGGCCCUGGUGAAGCCUCUGAGGACCCCCUGGCAGCACUGCUUGCGGUGCUGCAGGACCUCCGUGUGUCACACAGCUCCAGCCAGGCCGACCAGCACUCCUCAGAGCCCCACUGCACCCUGGAGCUGCAGACGUGAGCGGGCCCUGAGCCUGACCCUGCCAGUCACCCGACCUGUAGGGUGGGCCUGGGUGUUUCCUGGGGAGGGCUGUCACAGCCACCUGAAGUCUGGGGAUAUAGGGGACUUGUACUCCUUUAAGAGGCCUGGCUGCUCCCUGCGCCCCUGCAGCUCUUACUGUCCCUGACCCACUGUCUCCAGGCAACGUCCCCCUCCUGCCUAGGCAGACCCAGCCCGCAGCCACUCCUAGGAUGGUCCUGGCCCAGGAGACUGGGUCUACACCUCAGCAUCCCCUCACUACUUCCUGGCACUGCCUGGCCCCCAGGGUAUGGCGUCACGGUGCUCCGUUGCCCACAAUAAACCUGCUAGACUGCCAAGGCUCUGAGGUCUUGAAUGGGAGUCCAGGGGAGCCCAGGGGCUGCUGGGGCUGCAGCAAAGGACUGGAGCCACCAGCAGAGCCUCUGCAUCUCUGUCCCUCACUCCUGCUUCUCCUUUCCUGGCAUCAGGGCUCCUUUCUCCUCCUGGCUACUGUUUCUGUCUUGCUCCUCCAUCUGCAUGGGCUGUGGGGCCUCUCGAGUCUUGUCAGUGCCAGCCACUCUCUCCUCAGAGCAGCUGUCACAUGUACAUGCACCCCCACUGUGUCCCUGGAGACCUCCCAUUCCUCAUAUUCGGCUGAGGCUGUGGGCCUGGUGGACAUGCCAGUGCUGACCUCCCAGCUGUGACCCCAGUGACUAGUCUCAAGGUGCCUUGGCCAGGCCAUCCCCUCUGUCUCUCUUAGACCACAGAGCCCAUAGGCCACCCUACCCCACCCUGGCUCACAGGGUGUGUCUGACCCCUUCCUCUCUAGAAGCCCCAGGCUGGGCUUGUCAGUCCAUAGUCCCC